AUGGCCACACUCGAACAUGAUAACCGCCCUCGGGUGGACGGUUAUGUGCAGCCUCAGAUGUCGAAAAAACCGCCGUUCUCGGUAGACGCUUCCGGCUACGAGAAGAAAGAGGGUGAAACGAUCCCUCGGCGGAAUCCUAUGGCAAAGGACAAGCUCAUCGUCCAGCCUUCGGAUGAUGUCAAAACCAUCUUUGACAACCUCAAACGAGCAGCCUCCAAGUUUGGAAAUGCAAAGGCCAUUGGCACGAGGAAGAUCAUCAAGACGCACACAGAAGUCAAGAAGGUCAAGAAGAUAGUUGAUGGUCAAGAACAAGAGGUCGACAAGAAAUGGACAUACUUUGAGCUCAGUGGCUACGAGUAUAUGAGCUUCAUCGAAUAUGAAAAGCUGGCGCUCGACUGUGGUUCGGCUCUGGCGCAUCUCGGGAUCUCGAAAGAGAACAAAAUGCAUCUAUAUGGAGCGACCAGUGCCCACUGGCUUGGAAUGUCGCACGCUGCUGCCUCGCAGUCGAUUCCCAUCGUGACCGCGUACGACUCGCUGGGGGAAGAAGGACUGAGACAUUCUUUGGCGCAGACCGGCUCCGUCGCCAUCUUCCUCGACCCUAAUCUCAUCCCCACCUUGAUCAGUGUAUUGAAGGAUGCGGAGAACCUGAAGACUAUCAUCUACAACACAGAACCCGAAGUGAAGCAGGCUGAUCUCGACAAGCUGAAGUCGACCAACCCCGAUCUAAGAGUAUUGAGCUUUGAUGAGCUGAGAAAGCUAGGCGCGGACAAUCCGGCGGAUCCUGUGCCUCCGUCCCCUGAGGAUUUGGCUUGCAUCAUGUACACGUCUGGUUCUACAGGUCCGCCAAAGGGUGUCACAAUCAAACACAAGGCUGUUGUUGCUGCGAUGGCUGGUGUACAGAGUAUUGUUGCGCCAUAUAUCUCACCAGCCGAUGCACUGCUCACCUACCUACCUCAAUCGCACAUUUUUGAGUACAUGUUCGAAAAUGUGUGCUUGUUUUGGGGCGGCACCAUGGGCUACGGCAACCCGAAGACUCUCUCUGACACCUCUGUUCGGAACUGCAAGGGAGAUAUUCGUGAAUUUCGACCCACAAUUCUGAUUGGUGUGCCUGCUGUAUGGGAGAGUGUGAAGAAGGGCAUCUUAGCAAAGGUCAAUGCUGGCUCAUUCGUGGUCCGGAACAUGUUCUGGGGUGCAAUGUCCCUGAAGCAAAUGCUUCUCUCCUCACGCAUGCCCGGCGCUGGCAUUUUGGACGCGGUUGUCUUCAAGAAACUGAAGGAUGCUACCGGCGGACGCCUCCGUAUCGCUUUCAACGGCGGUGGCCCGAUUUCGGAAGAAACCAUCAAGUUCAUCAGCUACGCUGUGACGCCCAUGAUUUCUGGAUAUGGUCUCACCGAAACGUCCGCCAUGGGUUGUAUCCAAGAUCCUCUGGCGUGGGAUCCGCACGCUUUGGGCGAUAUCCCAGGAUGUAUCGAAAUCAAGCUGGUUGACUUCCCCGAUGCAGGGUACUUCUCGACGAACAAGCCUCCUCAGGGCGAAAUUUGGAUCCGUGGACCGGCGGUGACCGAGGGCUACUGGGACAACGAGCAGGAGACCAAAGAGGCAUUCACCGACGACCAUUGGUUCAAGACCGGCGAUAUCGGGGAGUUCAAUGCUAACGGCCACCUGCGCAUCAUUGAUCGGAAGAAGAACUUGGUCAAGACGCUCAACGGUGAAUACAUUGCCCUCGAGAAACUCGAGUCCUCCUACCGAACGGCGCCCGUUGUGGGGAACAUUUGCGUCUUUGCCGCUCAGGACAAGGCUAAGCCGAUUGCGAUCAUCGUGCCGGUCGAGGCGGCUCUUCAAAAAAUCGCAACUGCCAACGGCAUCAAAGGAGAGUCACUGGAGGAGAUGGUGCAUGAUGAGAAGCUCAAUGGCGUCGUGCUGAAAGAAGUACAGAAGGCAGGCCGUGAAUCAGGUCUUGCAGGCAUCGAAAUCAUUGACGGUAUUGUCAUGUCUGAUGAGGAAUGGACCCCUCAAAACGGUUUCAUCUCGCCCGCCCAAAAGGUCCAGAGAAAGAAGAUUCAGCAACGAUACGAGAAAGAGAUCAAGAAGGCCUACGGUGGCUAA